GCUUGCACAUCGACUGUGUGGCGUCGCAAUCGCGAUCGCAAUCAAACUCAUCCCCAUCCACAUCGAGCAGCAGCGAGCUAGCAGCUCACUAGCUCAGUCACAGUGUCACUCACACAACACUUGAUCUCGACACUACAGCAUAGUGAAAUGGGGUUUGCGUGGCGAUCGCUGGCGGUGGUGCUGGCCGUGCUGGGCGCGGCGGCGACGAUGGCCGGGGCGGCGCCGCAGGUGCCAUGCUACUUCGUGUUCGGUGACUCGCUGGUGGACAACGGCAACAACAACGGCAUCGUGUCGAUGGCGCGCGCCAACUAUCCGCCCUACGGCAUCGACUUCGCCGGCGGCCCCACCGGCCGCUUCUCCAACGGCCUCACCACCGUCGACGUCAUCUCCAGGCUUCUGGGCUUCGACGACUUCAUCCCGCCGUUCGCCGGCGCGAGUAGCGACCAGCUCCUCACCGGCGUGAACUUCGCCUCCGCCGCCGCCGGCAUCCGGGAAGAGACCGGACAGCAACUCGGUGGCCGGAUCACCUUCAGAGGGCAGGUGCAGAACUACCAGAGCGCGGUGGAGCAGCUGGUGAGUAUCCUGGGCGACGAGGACUCUGCGGCGGCCCGGCUGAGCCAGUGCAUCUUCACCGUCGGCAUGGGCAGCAACGACUACCUCAACAACUACUUCCAGCCGGCUUUUUACGACACGGCGAACCGCUACACGCCGACGCAGUACGCCGACGACCUGGCCGCGCGCUUCGUGCCGCUGCUCCAGGCCCUCUACAGCUACGGGGCGCGCAAGGUGGCGCUGAUGGGGGUGGGGCAGGUCGGGUGCAGCCCCAACGAGCUAGCCACGCAGAGCCCCAACGGCGUCACCUGCGUCGACCACAUCAACGUCGCCGUCAGGAUGUUCAACCAGCGCCUCCUCCGCGUCGUCGACCAGUUCAACCGCCUGCCGGGGGCACACUUCACCUUCAUCAACAUCGACGGCAUCUUCUCCGACAUCCUCAGGGCGCCCGGGUCACACGGCCUGAGGGUCACCAACAGAGGCUGCUGCGGGGUGGGGAGGAACAAUGGGCAGGUCACCUGCCUGCCCUUCCAGACGCCAUGCGCCAACAGGCACGAAUACCUCUUCUGGGACGCCUUCCACCCGACAGAGGCGGCCAACGUGCUCGUCGGACAGCGGGCUUACAGCGCCCGCCUGUCCUCCGACGUGUACCCUGUUGACCUUCGGACCCUCACCCGCCUCUAGUCUAUCUGACUUGUCGGUCGGCAGUGGCGGUGUCGCCAUUUCUGUGUGGAGUGCAGACAUUGUAUACUCCUACUAUAUAUGUCACUAAAAAUAUAUGCAGAGUUCAGAUUCUUGGGUGUACACAACACAGACAAAUUACAAGAAACCGAAUUUUGCAACUG